GAUAGCAGUGAUGGUUAUUCUAUUACUCUAUAUCGGUUUCACUUGUUGCAAUUAUUGCAGACAUAUUUACCAUAUAUGGAAGUUAGCCUGACGAAUCUAACAGAAUCCUCACAGUUCUGGCUCCUGGCGGUCAACAGUUUUGGCGUGGUGGCAGAAGAAAGAUUUCCUGUUAAAUCUAUAAGGAGAUUCCGAGAGGUAUUUUCCGAAAAUUCCAUGAAAUCGAAAUCAGAAUCAUCGAAAAGAAGAUCCAGGGGAAAGUUGUUUUACAUUCAGGAGAAAAUAACUGAAAUAAAUAACAGCUUGUCUGUUGUUCUACAGAUGAGAGAAAAGACUGGCUUAACAUCACAAUCAAAGAACAGGAACAUAGAUUACUAUGUGAACUGGUUUCUAGAGAACUGUGGCAUUUACAAAGAUGUACGGAAGUGCGGGUUACCAAAGCAGCAUUAUGGACCGGUGCACAACUCCAGUACUGGAGGACAGGUCCAAGUGAUCCUACCAAACAUCAUGUACAAUUCUUUAUAUUCUGUGAAAAUUGAGGCUUCUGAAGGAAUCAGAACAUGGAUACAUGACUUCAAGAUAAAGACUCCAAAAUGCCUUCAUACCCACAGGUUUUUCACGGGAUGCAAUCAGACUAAAUACACAAAUUCUUCAAAAAUUCAAAAGUGGUUCCCAAGCAUUGAAUCUUUAGUCUACAAUAAGACGGUGCACAAAAUAAUUGGUAAUUUCUCAUGGAUGGCACCGAUUAACAGAACAAAUAUCAAAUAUCUUGUGGCUUGGCAAGCGCCUGGAUAUAUGGACCAAUCAAAUAUUUUGCUGGCUGGUAAAGUGAAAUGUGAAGAAACUUCGGUUUUACUUGUCUUGGAACCAUCAUUCAUUUACAAAAUCAAGGUAACUGCUGUCUACCAGACAAACGCAGGAACCAAUAAAUCGGCCCAAAGCAGUCCGUUGUAUGUAAACACAACCAUUUCAGGAAUAAUAAGUGAGAAGAAAGUGAUAACGAGGAAUAUCCGUCUCAAAGAAAAUGUUUCUGUCGACAAUGUGAAUACGACGAAAAGUCCCAUCACGGGAAUCAUAUGUGCCGCUGUUCUGUUUGUGAUGUUCACGUUGCUCGCAGUGGUUUACAGGAGAAGGAAGAACCUGAAGAACACGGUGAUCAGCAAAACGACUGUUGCCAAGAGCAACAGUUACAAGUCGAACGUGACAGGCUGUAAAUCUGAUUAUGCUAAUGACCUGCAGGUGACCAACGAUGAAUGGGAGAUUGACACCAGACAGUUGAAGUUCAGCACGCCAAUUGGUGAAGGGGCUUUUGGCAAAGUGGUCAUUGGAUACUACAGCCAGGAGAAGGUGGCCAUUAAACUGGUCAGAGAUUGUGCACCGCUGUCUUACAAGGAGGACUUUCUUGCAGAACUGGAUUUGAUGAAGAAAAUUGGGAAACAUCCAAAUAUUGUGGCUAUGAUUGGAGCUUGUACUCUGAGUGAACCGAUUGCAUUAAUCAUGGAAUAUCUUCCAUAUGGAAAUCUACACAAUUUCUUACAGAGAUGUCGUCUGGAUGGACAACCGAGAAAGAACAUUGAAGAUGGUUACACUGAGAUGACAUAUUCUGUUAAAGAUGACGAUGGAACGAUCCACGAAGAAGUGAUAUCACCUGUCGAUAUAUUAUCAUUUGCUAGACAAGUGGCAAUGGCUAUGGAAUACAUGCACAGCAUGAAAUACUUACAUAGAGAUCUUGCUGCCCGAAAUGUUCUUCUUGACUACAAGAAAGUGGUCAAAGUCUGCGACUUUGGACUGUCCAGAGACAUCUACAACGACGACCAAUACCAGAAACUGACCAGUGGUAAACUGCCCAUUAAAUGGAUGGCCAUGGAAUCUCUUCGAGACCGCAUGUUCACGACUAAGACCGAUGUAUGGUCAUUCGGAAUCCUACUUUGGGAGAUUGUUACCAUGGGAGCAUCCCCAUAUCCAUCCAUAGCUUUGGCAGAUCUUUACGAAGUGUUGGCAACAGGAUACAGGAUGGAGAAACCAGAACACUGCUCCAAUGAGUUGUAUGAAAUCAUGAGACUCACAUGGCGGGAAAAACCGAAAGAUCGUCCGACCUUUCAUCGACUCCGGCUUCUAAUUGAAAACUUAAUGGAAAAAGACAGAACUUAUCUCGAUUUGAGCAGCCUAGUUACGUCCCUUGCAGGCCAAGAAUAACUCAGUUGUUUCCCUUGUACCAUAAAAUAUUGUUACUGGCAGUUCGAAACCAUUUUCACGCUUCAGAGUAUGCACACUCACACACACACACACACACACACACACACA